GUAAAGGUUUAGGAGAAAUUGCUUCUAUGUAUGAUAUGUUGAAUAAUUGGGAACAAAGUAAGGACUUGAAAAAAAAGUUUGAUAAGUAUUGGGGGGAUGUGGAUAAGAUGAAUAAGUUCAUUUAUGUUGCUCUUCUUCUCAACCCUCACUCUAAGAUGGUCAUUGUUGAAUUGACACUAAUGGAUAUGCAUGGACCGGAAAAGGGUACAAAACUUGCUAAUGAUGUGAAGGAGUUCGCUUACUCUUUAUUUGAGGAAUAUAGAAAAAUGUAUGCUACUUCUAAUAUUCCAGAUUGUGGAGAUAAUAUGUCAAUGGAUAUUGAUAAUAGUAAAGGAGUGGGUUCUGAUUAUGUGAGGAAACUAAAAGAAAGAGCAAAACGAUUGAAGGGGACAAGUGGGUAUGCGAUUAGUGAGUUAGAUAGGUACUUAAAUGAUCAAUUAGGGCCGAAGGAGGAAGAACAAGAUGCAUUGACAUGGUGGGGUAAGAAUGGUCAGCGUUAUGUGAUUCUUAAUCGCAUGGCAUGUGACAUACUAGCCAUCCCAUUGUCGACCGUUGCAUCGGAAUCUGCUUUUAGUACGGGAGGUCGUACUCUAGAUCCAUUUCGGAGUUCUUUAACUCCUAAGAUGGUUCAAGCGCUACUUUGCACACAAGAUUGGCUUAGAGCUAAGGAAGUGUCAAUUGUUGAUGUGGAAGAAAAUUUGAAAGUGUUAGAGGAAAUAGAGAAAGAGGUGCAACGUGGUGAAUCUAACGAUGUAAACGAUGAAGUUGUUUUCGUGGACUCAUUAGUGUGAAUCACGCGAUCAAAGGGAAAACAACUCGUUGGAGAAUUUAUGUAUUUCUAGUACUUGAGAGUUGAGACUUAAGAGAAUU